AGAAAUAGAAAACAACCCCCCAAAAGCCACUGACAGUGUUCACAAAAAUCGUCUGUAAUUGUCAUAAUUUGGAGGCUUCAAAUGUCAAAUUUUCCCGCAGAAAGACACCCCCCGCCAGGGGGUAUGACCCCUUUUCAAUACCCACAACCCCCUGCGCGAACACCCCCUCCAAAACGAGGCUGUGCAACUGGGGGAGAGUGUCUUUCAUUUCUGUCUUUUUCGUCAAAAAAAAUUUAAAAAACCCUCCAGAAAAACUGUCCGCAAUGGGGCGCAGCGACUACUGUUGCGUUUUAGGCUGCAUGAACAAGCGGGCACAGGCGACGGCGGUCACGCUGUACCGCUUCCCAGACAACCCCCCCUCUCGUAAGAAGCUGUGGACGGCCAACGUAGCCGCCGCCCGUGGCCAACCCAACUGGACCCCGAAGAACUCCACUCGAAUUUGCGCCGCGCACUUCGUCAGCGGGAAGAAAAGCAACAAGCCAGACGCCCCGAAUUAUGCUCCAACUCUCUUCGGCACCGACAACGUGGCCACUCCAAUCGGAACGGCACGGAAACACAAACCAGGGACUCAGGUUUCUGCCAAGAAAACACACACGAAGAAAGUCAAGAGCGAUGACCCAGAAUGGACUCCACAAGGAAAGCAGGGGAAACAGGAGAUGCCUCACUGGGAGGAUGAAACAGGUACUACAAAGUGGACGGUAACAAAGAAAGAGGAGCCAUUCUUUGCGGAGUCCCUGCCCACCAUGGUGCCUCUGAGCCGACCAGGGUGCAGCAAUUACAGCAACAGUGCCUCCCCUCCCUACGACCCAUCCAUGCACUCCCCCAUCGGCAUGGUAACAGACUACCCAAGCCUUCCGGCCGAAGACAACAGCCCUCUGCUUGUCGACAUCACCGCAGGGAAUGGUCACGCGGCCACGACCAGCUCGGCUGCUUUCGAUGAUGACCUUUCGCCUGUCGGUCACCUUAAGAUAACCAACGUCGAGAGCUUAAGGACUGAUGAAGAAAUGGUCGACCUGUCCGUCGACUUUGACACAAACUCGGAACUCAACCGACACCGUCCAGCCCGACUACACAGUGGCCAGGAAGACCUAUUUGAUGGUCAUCAGACUGAAAAUGCGAUAUUUGAUGGGCUCACUUCUCCUGUAGGCAGACACGGUGAGGACAGCCUGGCUGAGAAAGGCAGCGGGGAGGGUGUCGCUGGGCUUAUGCUGGUUAACAAAGGCAGCAGGAACGACCCAGUGUUUGUGGUGAUGCCCACGGCUGCGGAACAGUCCGAUCUCAGCCCACAGCCGACACGGACGUCUUCCAGGAAAAGGAAAAUGCCGCAGAAGUACGACCCGUCCGUGUUCGACACCGAGGAAGUCUGGCAGGAUGUGGGUGACAUUGGGAUGUCCCCAGGACUGCAGGAAGAAGACAACAGCCUGGGGGAGACCAACAAGCGACUGCGGCGGCUGGUGAGCGAGCAGCGCGACGUUCACCUGUCUGAACUUCUGCAGCUCCACGAGGAGAACAAGUACCUACAGGAGGAGGUCAUGCAGGUCAAACAGAUGCAGGAUUUCCGAGAGGAGAACAAGCGUCUGAAGAAGCUGGUCGGUCAGCAGAGAGACGUGCACCUGCUGGAGCUGCAGCAGCUCAAGGAGGAGCUUCAGCAGAUAAAACAGGCUUGGCAAGCAGAGGUAAGAGAGAAGAACGAAAUCAUCAAGAAGCUGAAAACCGCAGCCUUCUGCCUCGAUCUCAUCAAAGACGACGUCAACCUGUUCAACUUCUACACCGGAUUUCAGAACUAUGACAUCUUCAAGGCCCUCGCAGACUACCUGCGGCCGCAUUCCAACAGCAUCUACCACCAGUCAGAUGACAAGAACUCUCCCCCCAAACCCUGUCGCAGUCGUAGCCUGUCGUUUGACGAGGAACUGUUCAUGGUGUGUGUGCGGCUGAAGGCUGGUCUCCUCACACAGGAUAUUUCACACAGGUUUAACAUCAGCGCAGGGACGUGUUCAAGAAUAUUCAGACACUGGCUUCCGUUCCUGAAGGAGCGUUUGCAGGAGUUGUACGGUACCGAGACGCCGCCGCUGCACAGCGUACAAGCCAUGAAGACUAAGGUGUACCACAUAUUUGACGGCGGGCUGCCACAGAUGUUAGAGGACAUGGAAGAGACGCUUCACGACGUCUGUGCGUUCCUGUCGUCUUUUGACACGUCCCUUGUUCACUGCCACCAUGUCGCAGACAACAACACUGCUCACGAGGAAGACUCUCCUACCCAAAGUGCAUUAGAGGAAACAUGAGUUCCUGUCAAGUAUUUUGAACUUGGGCCUUGCAAUAAGUAGUAUUGAAUAUAUAUUGUGAUUAUUAUGUACAUUGUAAAGUUGGUAUGAUGUUAGUUUUAAUGUGACACAAAGGUGCAUCAUGACAAAUGUAUGUGCCUAGCUGUGCUGUUCACUGUUUAAAACUGAGGAAAUACCAAUUGCUUUAUACUAUUUGUUUUCUUCUGUUGUACAUUUUCUAUAGCUGUACACAUGUAUUUAAAUGUAUGACAGUAAUGAAAGUUGGUGGCAGAUGUGCUCUGGAAAUAGCCUUGAUGCCUGCACAUUAGACAACGGUUGUCACUGACAGCAGGAAAAAGUCACUCUUGUCAACACCACAAAUAAAAAUACCACAGAAAAAAAAAAUCUACAUGUUUCAUACAACACAUUUCAUAGUAGAGUUCCAGCUGAAAAAGGAUCCUUACUAGAAGACAUAUCAUCAUUCAACUUGUAGUACAACUGUUGUGAAAAGCAUGGUUUCAUCACUUGUAUUUACUCUUUUGAAGAACACUACUAGAAUCAUUGAUGUACUCAAGUUGUUUGUUGUAACGGACCCAGUUAUAAAAUGAAAACACAUUCCUCCUCCUCUGGAAGUUUAUGAUGAAACUAAGAGUGAGACUGUUUGUAGACCAUUGUAUAUUAUGUAUAUCAAGAAGCAUUAUAGUCAUAGAUUCAUACUGUAAAUGUUAUAUGUUAGGUACCUUCAGUAUGAUAUGUAGAAUACAGAGAAAAUGUUAGACAUCACAAUUGUUGGCAAUACCGGUAGUUAUGUACAGUUACUUUAAAGUCUCAUUGCUUAUCUGCAAGCAUCACUUGGUUCAGAUAAACUGACCAAAUGUAGACUCUCAAGCUGUAGAAGUUAAGCUGGUCAGAGACACUCUGUACUAACCGUUAUGUUGUCUUAUGUUGAUAUGAGUAAAAGUUCAUGUAUACUGUAUAGUAUUCUAAAUAUUUACACCAUUGUUUAAUGAUAUGGUUCCUUAUGGUUGACAAAAUAUGUCAGCUUGUGCAAUUCCAUUGAUGAAACUGUAAAAUGUGCCUCAGAAGUAAAAAGGUAAAGAAACACAAAAGAAAGUCUGGUGCU